CAGAAAGCUUUGCUCGAUUAAACCCUAAAACCCCCUAAAUCGGAACCGAACCAAUCCGACCCACUCUAGUCACCUCCUUACUGCUUCUAUUCAAUCUUCUCUAGCUUUUAAUUCGAUUUUCCUGGCAACACAACUUGCAUAGCUCGCUGCCGGAGCAUACUGAAGAUGGUGUUCGGGCAAGUCGUGAUCGGUCCACCUGGCUCAGGGAAGACCACUUACUGCAACGGCAUGUCGCAGUUUCUCGAACUCAUCGGAAGGAAAGUUGCGGUUAUCAAUUUGGAUCCGGCUAACGAUACAUUACCGUAUGAUUGUGCUGUGAACAUAGCUGAUCUUAUCAAACUAAGUGACGUCAUGGCGGAACAUUCUCUUGGUCCAAAUGGAGGUCUUGUAUUUUGCAUGGAUUUUCUAGAGAAGAAUAUUGACUGGUUGGAGGCUAAGUUAAAACCUCUGCUUAAAAAUCACUAUCUUCUCUUUGAUUUUCCUGGCCAAGUGGAACUAUUCUUUCUUCAUUCCAAUGCCAAGAACAUUAUCAUGAGACUCGUAAAGAAGUUAAACCUCAGGUUGGCUGCAGUACAUUUAGUUGACGCCCAUCUUUGCAGUGACCCUGCUAAGUAUGUCAGUGCGUUGCUUCUCUCUUUAUCAACCAUGUUACAUAUGGACCUCCCGCACAUUAAUGUCUUGUCCAAGAUUGAUUUGAUACAGAACUAUGGAAAGCUAGCUUUCAACCUUGAUUUUUAUACUGAUGUGGAGGAUUUAUCUUAUCUUCAGAACAGUCUUGAUCAGGAUCCGCGCUCCGCUAAAUUCAGAAAGCUUACAAAGGAGCUGUGUGGUGUCAUAGAAGAUUUCAGUCUUGUCAACUUUACAACUUUAGAUAUUCAGGAUAAAGAGAGCGUGGGAAAGCUAGUUAAGCUGAUAGACAAGACCAAUGGAUACAUUUUUGCUAGCAUUGAAGCUAGUGCAGUAGAAUUCAGCAAAAUUGCAGUUGGUCCUGUUGAUUGGGAUUACCACAGAGUUGGAGAAGUGCAAGAGAAAUACGUCAAGUUUGAUGAAGACUUUGUGAGGUCCACCUCCCAGACUAGAUGA